AUGGUAGAUGAAUGUGACACCUCUGCAGCUUCAAAUACCUCUCGAAUCAGAGGGGCGACCGCGAAAUGGGAGCGAAUCAAGAUAAAAAACGUGGAACAAUGGGAACCAAGUGUGCGUGAGAAGGAGUUGCUGCGUCGAACGUGGAGUGACGAUUUUGAGUUCCUGUACGAUCUCGGCUCAUCAAUCUACUGCUAUAUUUUUGAGCAUAAUCCAAACUGCAAACAGUUGUUCCCGUCACUCCUGAAGUAUGGCGAUAAAUGGAAAGACUCGCGUGAAUUUCGAGCUCAAGCACUGAAAUUUGUACAGACUAUAUCACAAGUGGUGAAGAAUAUUUAUCAUAUGGAUAGCCUGGAACCGUACCUGUACGGAAUCGGUCAGUUACACUGUAAAUACGCCGAUCGAGGAUUCAAAUCAGAGUAUUGGGAAGAUUUUCAGGUGAGCUUACGAAAUGAUAAACGAUAA